AUGGCUUUAAGUUUUAACGAGAGCGAUCUCCUGAUUUUAAUAACAAAUCUGCACACUAUUUUGUUGAGGUGGUACUCAAACCGAAGUUUGCUAUCAACUAUAUCACCUAAAUUUCUUACAUUGUCCAUUUUCUUGAGAGAAUUCCGAUAUAUCUCGAUUCCAAUAUGUAAUCAAACCCUACAGUUUUGCAAAUAUGCAAAAGUUCUUUGUGUUUAUCGAAGGCUACAUACUCUAAUUGCAAACAAGUAUCUACUAAAUUCCAAGUUACGUAGAAAGUUAUGUGAAUCCUUGCUCAUUUCUGUUCUAAAUUACUGUAAUCUACUAUAUGUUUACACGGCAAAAAAAUAAUCUAAAUCGUCAAAAAUAAUUAUGUCCGAUUCAUUAUUGGAUUUCGCAGUUCUCAUCCAUAAAUUAUUGCUUACGACUAAACCGCCUUACUUGAGAAAAAAAUUCAUCCAACAAUGACAUCCACUUAGAGAUAAAAUUAUCAGGAUACACCAGUAUUCAACAACCCUAUUCCUACGCAGUUUCUGCUGCAAUGUUGGCACCAAAUAUAAUGCCUUACGAAAAU